AGGGAGUGGGGGCCGCGCGAAGGUGACGGCAGCGCGCGCGGCGAAGGAGGCCGACGGAUGGCGGGGGGGCGAGCGGAUUGAAUACUUUCCCUUUAAAAUAAGGGGGACAUCGCGGUGAGGGAGAAACUGAGGGGGGAGAAAAGAAGAGAUAAAAAAAGAAAAGAAGGAAAAAGGGAGGGAGGGAGAGAGAUAGAAAAAAAAGAAAGAUGACAUCUUCUCAAUUGAACACCCGAGGCGGAGUGACGGGUUGUGGCCGGAGGGGAGCGCUUUAGCCGGGCCAAGACUUCACGCAACACCGAGGCUUUAAUAAACACCCGCCCGGCCUGGCGGUGAUAAUAUAAAAUUGAAAUAAAACAAACAUUUUUUCUAAAAGAGCAUUCUAAGGGAACAGGCUAAUUAUAUUUCGCAACUUUUAAAAUCUAUUAAUAUGUAUUUUUCACUUAACAAACAAUCGCAUUUUUGCAUGAUUUGAAUGAACAACAGCUUUAUGCCUUGUGUUGGUAGCUAGCUAGCUUAAGUAUGACCAGACAGUUAAAACGAUGCACUCUUAGUUUUUGGUUGUAUUUAAUGUUUGCGGGGGUUUCGUGUGGCUCAGCUUACAAAAGUUAAAAACAAAAUGUCUUCUACCUAACCAGCUAAUAUCAAUCGCUGGCUAUUAUUAGGCAGAUGGCCGAAUGGUUAGGUUAGUCAAGUAAAACUAAUAAUGUGGACUUCAAAGGAAAUUUGUAGGGGAAAUAUUUGAAGUUGAUAUUACUGUCACAGCUUUCAUUCAUAUUAGCUAUCAAGCGGCUGCUGACAGAAAGCGGUUACGGUAAUAUUCUGGUGAACUGGCGUUUGCUGUUUAUUUUACUCAGUUAAUUUUAAUGCGUUAUACUCUUGGACGAGAUGAUGUUUUUAUUCCACCGGCAGCUUCAAGUUAUGAACCCUUAUUAAGGACUGUAUUACGAAGACGGACAAACCACGAGUUUGUUUAAUGAUACUAUAUGCAAAAAAACUAUUACUCUGACUACAGUUCAAAAUGGAUGCGGCUUGGAGUAAUUUUUUAUUUCAGACACCACCUACCCAAACCCAAGCAGAGACAACUCUCCAAUCAGAUCUCCUCCCAGAACUUACGGGAUCAGUGCAGAACCCACCUACUGAACACAUAGCCACACCCCCUUCGACGGUGGACACCGCUGCUCUAAAUGAGGAACCUUUACCUGUGAAACCCGUGUCUCGUCCCUCACGUGCUGCCCACAUCUGCCCACUCUGUAACAAACAGUUCAAGAAUAGCUACAACCUCCGUCGGCACCAGUCAGUCCACACAGGCAUCCGAAUGAAGGAUCGAGUGGUGAGGGAGGACAGUGUCAAGGGGGUGCAAGGCGGAGCAGGAAGGACCACAGUCCCUCUUUCCCUGCUGCACCUCUCUGUUCCCCAUCCGAAUCCUGAGUCUCUCCCUCACCAGCCAAUUCUUGGCACCCAGGAUGUUCAACCCGUCUCCGUAUCUAUCACCACGGCAGCAGUCACCAUGGCUGCAUCUGUUCCUCCUCCGUCAGCUGUUGUGGUUACUGGGGCAAUGGUGCAGCGUCAGCAUAACCCAAAUACCAGCGCAACCCCUGUACGCAAGAACCACGCCUGCGAAGCCUGUGGAAAGGCAUUUCGGGACGUGUACCACCUGAAUCGGCACCGGCUGUCCCAUUCGGACGAGAAGCCCUACUCCUGCCCCAUCUGCCAGCAGCGUUUUAAGCGGAAAGACCGCAUGAGUUACCACGUGCGCUCGCACCAGGGUGGUGUUGAGAAGCCCUACGUGUGCCCCCACUGCGCCAAGGGCUUCUCACGGCCGGACCACCUCAACAGCCAUGUCAGACAAGUCCACUCCACCGAGAGACCAUUCAAGUGUGAGACAUGCGAGUCGGCCUUCGCCACACGGGACCGCCUGCGCGCUCACAUGAUCCGGCACGAAGAGAAGGUGCCGUGUCACAUCUGCGGGAAGCUGCUGUCUGCUGCCUACAUCACCGAUCACAUGCGAGUGCACGACCAGUCGCAGCACCACUCCUGCCACCUCUGUAACCGCAGUUUCACCACCUUGACAUACCUGCGUGUCCACGCUCAGAAGCACCACGGCCAGGAGUGGAAGGAAAGCGAGGGCCAGAGGGGCGGUUUUGGGGGUACCGGCCCCGGGGGGGUUCUCCUGUGCCAGUUGUGCGGGGUGCAGUGCAAGACCCCCACGCAGCUGCAGGGUCACAUGGGCACACACCGCACAGCCCAGAGCGACCCACAGGCUGCCACCAGUCCUGUGCCACUCACCACCUCGCCCCCCAGCAGCACCGUGUCCCUCAGCGCAUGCGGGAGCACAGGUGUGGUGGGACUUCUGGUUUCGGACUGCUCUGGGAUCGCCGCCCAGCCUCACAGCUAGCGGGGCUGGGGGGUGGGGGGGGGGGGGAACAGGAUGACAGAGAGAAACAGGAGGGUGAAACCAGUCACUCACUAAGAUAAAGAUCUGGGCAGAGGACACACAGCUGAAGCGCCGGCUGCCGCGGUGGCACAUGCACGGCGCCUUUGACAUGAGCCGCGUUCUUCAUUCUGCACUCCCACCAUUCUCCUCCGUAGGCUCAGAUAUUCUGUUAGGAUGUUAAACCACACAACGUGAGGGUCCUUCUCCUUUACUGUUGUUGCCUUUCUUUUUUUUUUCUUCACUUUUGGAUCCAGACCCAGCCAGUUAGCGUAGCAUAGCAUAGCAGAUCUCGCCGGCCUGUCCAUUAGCCUGCCAGUGCGAGGACGUCACAGGAGCCCGAUGGCGGUAGUGACGACUGAGAUGGAGCCGUGCUGGAUGGUACGGACUCGAUCCUACAUUUGGACCAAACCUGUUCUCUCGGGAAGGCUUAGCAGGCAGAUCUCUGGCUGAUGUUCUUUCUAAUAAAUAUUUGGUAGGUAACUUACUGGUCUACUCACACACAGAGCAAAAAUGAUCACUUCAAAUAACAGAGAAAUCAAAGUUGCAUUAGGACGACUUCUCAUUGAAAGGGAUUGCUUCCCCCGGAGAGUUACCAGUUGAUAACCAGGUAGGGCUUUGUCAAACGUAGUGUAACUGACUUUUUAAUAUAUAUACCUGUAUAUAUUUUAAUGUAGCGUCUGGAUUUUUUUAUUGUCUUGUACUUUGUCACUGACUGGUUGAGGGUUGCUCCCAUCUAUGAUGGUAACGGUCUACUGGGAGAAGAAGAAUAUAUAAAUAGACGUUAAAAUACUUUUAAAUACAGUACAUGGUACCAGGAAGCCCUCGCUUUAUUUUUCAGUCAUUAGCAGUGACAAAAGAACAGAAUCUGGGAGUGAAUUUGAUCAGAUCUGUAUUCAAUGUAAUCUGUCCACCUCUGUUGAAAUACUUUACUGGGUUGCUGACCGGUACUGUGCAGUACUAUUUUAUCCUGAGCUACUCUACACUAUUAUUACCAGUAAAUUGAAAAUACGUAAGACCUGCAUAAAUUUACCACGUCUGUAUGUACAUACAGAUUUAAGCUAUUGUCAGUUGCCUCCUACAGUCAUUGUUCUUAUUGAUGUUAAUUUGUUAGCCUUAAGUUAAAAUAAGCAGAAAAGUUAUAUUGUGAACGUCUGUCAGGAUGUGUGACAUUGGUUCAUCUGUACCUUGUUAACGCUUGUUUAAUGCCACUCCAGUGUUUGUGUUGGUAUAAUAUUAUGUAUUAAUCCCUGUAUAUAUGAACCCUGCAUCAAUAAUAAUAACAUUUACACUGG